AUGGUCCCAUCCUGGUGGAUGCCAACGGAUUGCGCGAACCAGGCACCUGCGCCUCCGCAGCAGCAGGUGUUGAAGCUGCAAGAGCUCCUUCGAUUCGAAAACUCCCUGGAGUUGUGGCAGCCCAAAGAGGAUGCCUCGCAGCAAAUCUGGCUCCAGCCAAGCAGCAACCUGGCCGACGUCUCUCCUGGAAUUGAGAACGGCCAAAUAGGAGUUCCAGAGCAGGCGUGGGAAGCAGCUGAGGAUGUGGAGGAGAUACUCUCUUCCACUGUGGUGCAGAACGCAGAACAAUGUGGAGCGGCGGGACUUGUGUCCUGUCUCCACACCACCGCAAAGCUUACGGAGAACGACGCCUACGGCGCCAUCGGAGGAUUGGACAAUCUGUUAAACGACCCUCGUUUGGCGAAAGUUCUGUCAGCACUCAGGUCGAAGGCCUUCGAACUGACUUAUCCGCGCGUCAUCAUGAGAACUGUUUGGGCCGUUGGCAAGCUCGGGCUGAAAGGUAGGGAUGUCGAGGGCAUCAUCGCCGUGCUCGCCGAAACUUCACAGCCCAUUCUGACUCAGUUUUCGUGCCAGGAGCUCUCCAACACUCUGUGGGGGCUUGCCAGGCUGAGCGAGAGCGCGCAAGGUCUGAAGCCGGAAGGAAUUCGGCUGGCCUAUGCAGUCAUGGCGCAAGGCGCGUCACGGCUCUCGCAGUUCAGCACACAGUGCCUCACAAACAGCCUCUGGGCAGUAGCAAAGCUGGGGCUGCGCGGCGAGGAAGUGCGAGAAUUCUCCAACCAGUGCCUGAGCCAAAUUCACUUGGUACUGUUCAAG